AUGCCACCAGCUCACAAUCGAAAGAUCUGCGUGUCCGGUGCACAGGGCUUCCCCCCGCCCCCUAGUGACGCCUAUCAGUUUACUACCAUGGAGACUAAGCAGCCUCUUCAUGAGUAUUUUCCCCGCUGCCUGUACUACACGUAUCACUGGCUAAGCCCAAUAAUAAAGCUUAUCAAACGGCAGGGAGCCAUAUAUCCACGAGAUGUGUACAUACUUCCCCGUCAUAUGCGCGUUUCCGAGGCUUCAAGGCGACUGGUAGGUGCAUGGAAUCGAACUGUCGCCAGGGAUGCUGCGCGCGGCAAAAAGCGCAUGUCUUCCCUUAUCUCGAUAUGUAUUCGUGCGUACAAGAGCAGCAUGCUCAUUAUUUUCUGUCUUAUUCCAGUUUACACAUUUUUGGGCCUCGUUCCUUCAAUUGCCUUGAACAACCUAACCACCAUUCUUGCAGAGGAGAACAUUAGAAGGAUAUCGCUGGACUACUUGCUUACCACGGGCCAGCAGGCGUCCGUUACCUAUCUCAUCGGCCAGCUGUUCGCCAAGGCCGUCCCUUGGAUUGGCCUCGUCUUUGUAUCCCAGAUAACCCUCGCGUUUCUCAUCAAUAUAUCCAUGUUGAAGAACUUCGAGGUCAACACCAUGACGUCCCAGGCGCUUUCUGACCUGUUAUAUCGUAAGCUUCUCACUCUGUCUGAGCUCUCGCGCUCCUCCUCCAUCAGUGGAAGCAUUAUUAAUUUUAUCUUUACUGACACCGGCAGAAUCACGGACUUCCUUGCCUUCAUCCCGAUGUUCACUGCAGUCCCCUUCCGGCUCGUCUAUUCUAUCGUUAUUCUCAGUACUACAAUCAACCCCUUAACGAUGGUGGGGAUCAUUGGCGGGCUCACAACAUCUCCACUGCUGGUUCUUUUCAUCCGGCGCCAGCUCUGGUUCACUAAGCACUAUAUGUGCUACAAGGACCUCCGAAUAAAGCGUGCUACUGAGGUCCUCACAGGCAUUCGUGUUAUUAAGUAUUUCUCAAUGGAGAAACUGCAAGCAAUUCGUCUUCAUAGCGCUCGAGACCGCGAGUUGUCCCACCUAAUUAACAUAAAAAUGAAUAGCGCAUACACCGUGAUUGUCACGUCUACCACGGGGCCCUUGAUGCUCACUCUUGCGCUGACAACUCUAGCACUUGCGGGUUACCUUGACAAUGCCACUGCGUACAGUGCAGCGCUCGUCAUCAACACACUAAGCAUGAUAUUCAACCAGCUUCCCCAGUUGUUAGCAAAGUUAUUCGAAAGCCUGAUUAGCAGUGAUCGUCUCAUAGCGUUUUUUAACUUACCAAACAAGGACGGACAAGUGUUCUGUUUGAGAACGCUGGAGGAGUGCUGUGCUCACUCCACAGACUCUGGACCUAGCAUGCAAGAUCGCGAUGCAUCGACAAAUGAAGACAAUGACGACAAGUGUGGUAUAGGUAGUGGAGAUGUUAUCCUCAGUACUGUUGGAAAUCCAUCUUAUUCGUGGGGCACUGCAAAACACCUUUCCUUGCCAAUAAUCCUCGAUCCAUUAUUUAAGCAGACGCAGGACACAAUUAAGAAGUUUGCACGGCAGCUUCCGGUCCUUAAUAAUCAACUAGCUCGCGCACUAGCUACGCUUGAUAGGGACCCUGCAUAUUCCAUCCUACUCCGCUCUAACCCACUUACAGCACAGAGGGGGGUAGAUGCCGAUCAGUCCACUGACGAUGAACAAGAGACCAGCUCUAUUCUAUCGAGUGCCACUGACAGGCCUCUCGAACCUCGUAAAAUUGGCCUACAGGACGAUUGCUUACAAGCUGUCGUUGUCUUUACUCAAUCGGUAUCAGCUCAGGAGUGGGACGCGCUGCAUAAACCAGUUACUACAUCGUGUGUACAUCUUGAUAAAUGGUGCAAGGACUGCGACACUAUUCCCUUCUCUACUAUUGACCAGAUCUCAUCCUACAAGGAGACGUCUUACCUGCCACUACAAGAGGACAAUCCGCUAACAGUCGUGAAGAAGAUAUAUGUCCACUGCGCUGUCAUGACCUUCUUCUUGACAGAUCCCAAGUUUGACAGCCACCGAGCAAGCUUCAAGGUGGCUCGUGAGAUACUUACGACCAAGGAUAGCUUCCCUAAUGUCAUCAACAACUUAGACUUCAAGGUGAAGCGAGGAGCCUUGGUCGGCAUUCACGGGCGCGUUGGAUCUGGAAAGAGUUCACUUCUUCUUGCACUGUUAGGAGAGCUCGCAAAUACAAGUCCAGAGAAGCAGGCCCGCAUCCACUGCACCGCCAGCAUUGCCUACUGUCCGCAGCUCCCGACUAUUUUUUCUGGCACACUGAAAUCCAAUAUAUUAUUUUUUAAAGAUUGUGACGAGGAUAGAUUGAAAAAUGUUAUUAAAAUAUGUGCUCUUGAGACAGAUCUGAAUAGCAUGGCUCACGGUGUGGACACGGAAAUUGGUGAACGGGGCAUCACAUUGUCUGGUGGGCAAAAGGCAAGGAUUGCGCUUGCACGCGCCGUGUACUCAGACGCGGACAUAUUUCUCCUGGACGAUCCUCUUUCAGCAGUUGACGCCCAUGUCGGCAGCACCCUAUGGAAUGAUUGCAUAUUGAACUAUCUUGUACGAGAGCAAGGGAAAACAGUGAUAAUUGUGUCGCAUCAGAUACACUUCUUCUCUGACUGCGAUGAUAUUUAUGAGAUGAAUAAUGGACACCUAACUCGCAUGACUCUCGAGGAGAUGCGGAACCAGAAUCUGAUUUCUGUCUCUUCUAUGUUGACAGACACUGGUUCUCUGGCCAACGCCGCUACUAAGAGCACCCUACAACUUGAUAUUGGAGAAGCAGAACAGCCCGUUCCCCAGAAGGCGGUGCGAAUGAUAGAAGACGAAAAGCACGCCGCUAUAGGCCGGGUUCAAUUAGGUGUAUACCACGCGUGGAUAAAGGCAGGAGGCUACGGAAUCUUCUGGGGAUACAUACUAUUGACACUAACUGGCAACGGCAUACUGCAGUACCUUGGCCUGUACAUCAAUCACUGGUCUUCUAAUCUGUAUGGUUUCUCAUCGGCAGGGUACAUUGUGCUUUACGUGAGUAUUUCUAUGCUAUAUAUUCUAAUAGUCUUUUUAGAGCGGGUUGCCUUUAUUAAGAGCUCUGUUAACGCUACGCGCACCCUACACAACAGGAUGGUCGAUGCCGUCCUCAACACACAACUGUUCUUUUUCGAAACCAACCCAUUAGGUCGGAUCCUCAACAGGCUCAGUCGAGACACAGAUCAGUGUGACUCAGCAAUUCCAAACAGCAUUGUGUCGCUCAGCAAUGACCUCCUCUAUUUGCUGGUUAACCUGCUUGUGAUUAUGUUACUUUCGUGGCCAACCAUUGUCUUCAUCAUCCCCCUAGGGAUACUCUACAUCUUUAUCUUUAACACGUUCAGACUAAUAGCUCCUCAGCUAAAGCGUAUCACUCCUAUCCUUUCUAGUCCCAUACUCGCACUUGUGCAGGAUUCCCUCACCGCGUUGCCAUCUAUAAGGUGCUAUGGAAGUGAAGACCAUCUCAUAGAGCUCAACAGACUAAACCUUACGCGGAGCUACAGCGCGGACUGGCUUAUGCGUGUGAUGAAUAGGUGGCUGAGCUUUCGCGUCAAUGUGAUCAUGGGGAUAUUUGCAUCGUUGGUGAGCAUGAGCGUUGUCAUUAUUGCUCCCAUUGGCAACAGUGCGCGCUAUACCGGCCUAAUUCUUAUGAAUAGCUUCACACUCAUCAGCAGGCUGAUUAUGCUCGCCUUUUCUAUUAACAGUUUGGAGAGUUCUAUGAGCAGCGCAGAGCGCGUCCUGGAAUAUGGGAAGUUGAAGGGAGAGGAAGAUGGUCUAACAUAUCCCGCUUUAUCGACACAGAGUGCAGACCCAGCGAAGUUUGUUGACGUGUCAUCGCUUUCCUUGCGCUAUAGAAAAGAUCUUGACUUAGUAUUGCGAAAUGUGUCCUUUUCGGCCCACCGUGGAGAGCGUAUUGGCAUUGUUGGCCGCACAGGUGCUGGUAAGUCAUCGAUAACCGCAGCCAUGUUUCGCUUGGUUGAGCCCGAGCCAGGAUCGAGCAUAAUUGUUAAUGGAGUGGACCUGCUCUCAGUUCCACUUGAUGAUGCACGUGCUCAACUGACCAUCAUCCCCCAGGACCCGUUUCUAUUCUCAGGCACUAUAAGGACCUGCCUCUGCUUUUACUCCCAAUUGACAGCAGAAGGAAUAACUCCCAAAGAUAUGCCUCCUGGUGUUGAGCGGAUCUCGGACGAGAAACUCUGGCGGGUGCUCGAGCAGGUCCGCAUGCGCGAGUACUUCGAGAAGCAGCCUGGCGGACUCGACGCCAAGAUCACAGCUAACGGGGACAACCUCUCUGCAGGUCAGCGCCAGCUUGUCUGUGUGGCCCGUGCACUACUACGAGACGCACCAGUGGUUAUUCUGGAUGAGGCCACCGCCCAGGUCGACCGGGAAAACGACGCCAUAAUCCAGUCCACGAUCCGUACAGCGCUGGAAGACCGCGUCGUCAUCGCCAUUGCACACAGGAUCAAUACUAUCAUCGACUUUGACAGAAUCAUAGUUAUGGACGCGGGCGAGGUAAAGGAGUUCGACACCCCCAGGGCGCUCCUGAGCAACCCAGAGUCGUUCUUCAGCAGACUAGUUGCUAAGUGCGAGGAUGCAGAGGAGCUUUACCAAAAGGCAUAUGCCAAGGGCUCGAAGACGAACUCGGACCCAGAACGUGCAAGCUGA